GGGCAAAAACGGUUGGAGGGGGCCGAUAGUGGGCGGCCGUUGGCAGCAGUCUCAUGGCGGCGGCCGCGCGUUAGCUGGGCGGUGGGUUUGGAAGGUAUCGCGUGGCGAAUUCCUACAGAGCGACAAUUGAGACACGAGAGAAAUGCGGACCCUGCAGUCCUUGGUCUGGCGAAGAAAGGAGCGGCUGGGAAAUGCGACCCGGUGCUUUCUUCCCCUUUGUUAUCCCUGGGAUGUGCAUGGUGCUAACCCUAAAUCGACCAUACUCAAAGGCUCCCUAGACGCCGAGCUAUGUCUAUAAAAUGCAUUAAUCGUAAUUAAGUUAAAUAAACAUCUUUACGUUAGUAAUUGGCAUUUAACAUUGUUGAAAUUAAUAAUGAGCAAAAAUGUUUUCAUAGUAUCAAGUAAUGAAUUUAGGGACCAAUUCAAACAUACAAAAAACAGGUGUACAUGUGAUUGUGCAGUGAUGCAUAUUUAUUACUGUUGGAAGAAAUGUCCAUCUGGGUUCAGUUCCAAGUGGGAAGAAAAACACUGGAAACAUGGAGGCUGCUUGAUAAGCUAUAUCAGCAUCAUCAUGCCAAGUCCUAGGAACAGUCCAAAGAGCAUACGUGAGAGACGGGCUUAUGGCAGUAGGCUAGAGUUCUUGUCAUUGACAAAUCAGAGAGGCCCAAUAUCCCCAGAAAAUAUGUCUCAUCAUAAAGACUCUGCUACUAGUACUGGCCCUCAACAGGCUUUACCCGAAGAGGACUGUAUGAAGCUCAAUCCUUCUUUCUGGGGUAUUGCCCUGCAUUCUCUUUUGGCUGUUGAUUUGUGGGCCUCUAAACUACUGGGUGUAUGUGCUGGAGAGAAUUCCUCAUGGGGCAGUGUCCGUCCUCUCAUGAUGGUCAUAGAGGUGUCAGGACAUGGAAUUCCUUGGCUAACUGGUACAUUGUACGGACUUUACAGAAGUGGCAGCUCAGCAGGUCGUGAGGUGCUGCUCAAUCUACUCUUCGCUCUGAUUCUUGAUCUAGUUUUGGUGGCAGCGGUAAAAGGACUGGUGAAACGAAGACGCCCAGUCCACAACAAGAUGGAUAUGUUUGCCACUGUCUCUGUGGACAAGUAUUCCUUUCCUUCAGGCCAUGCUACCAGAGCCGCCAUGGUGUGCCGAUUUAUACUACAUCAUCUUGUACUUGCAAUCCCUCUGAGAGUGCUGGUUGUACUUUGGACCUUCGUAGUGGGAAUCUCUAGGGUCAUGCUUGGUAGACAUAAUGUAACAGAUGUGGUCUUUGGGCUAAGCAUGGGCUACAUGCAAUAUAAUUUGGUGGAAUAUUUCUGGUUGUCACCUGUAAAUGCUCCUGUCCUUUUUGCCUUGUGGAACUGAUGGUUCUUGAGGGAAGAGGAAUAUUUGUUUAGUGUAAACAUUUGUGAUACUUCAUCUGAUCAUCAAAUUAAAUGAGUAGAGCCAAGAUUUUCACAAUAUAUGUGAUCUAACAAGUUUGCUCUGGAAGGCUUAAUUCACAAAAAUAAAGGCUUACCAGGCAG